AUGUCCAACUCCGAUUUCUUUUCUACCUUCCAAACCAGGGCAAUGACAAGUAUAAACUCAUCACCACCGUCCCAAUCAAGUGUAGUCAAGCCAACGGCAUAUGGUCAAUCAUGUACGAAUUGCGCCAAAUCGAAAUGCAAAUGUCUCCGACGUCCUGGACGUGCCGAAUGUGAACGGUGUUACCGACUUCACAAACAGUGUCGUGCGUCUGACUCGACACGGAAACGCCGGGCAGACCGAAAUGCGGCAUCUAGGAUCACUCUUUUGGAGGAUCGUCUAGAGGAGGUGACUUCCCUGCUACGAUCCGUUACUCAAUCCUCGAGUGAUGGACCUCUUACCAGAGAUUCCGCAUUCGGACCCUCGGCUCCAGAGUCCGUCGGGUCUAUCUCAGCGUCAAGAGAUAACGACGUCUCAGGGUUCGUCGUCACCUCAGCAGCGACCCUUACUCCCGAAUCGAUGAUGUUGGCUGUCGAUGAGGACCCCAACCUUCCUUUCGAAGAAGCGGAAAAAUGCUUCGACAUGUUCAAAAAACAGAUGCUGGGCUCCUUUGCGUUUAUCCAUUUACCUAAUGAUAUGAAUGCGUCAAGGCUACGACAACACAGACCUUUCCUAUCUUUAUGUAUUGUCGCCGUCGCGAUAAAGGCUACUUCGAAGAAGAUGUCUCUCUUCAGAGAAAUUCGGCGAACAGUGGCCCAGCGAAUGAUGAUUGACAAUGCCAGUGAACCAAAUAUUGACCUCCUCCUUGGCCUCCUGACAUAUUUGGCAUGGGGCAACGAGCAGCUCCUGAGCAAAUCUCCAAAGCUGCUGUCACGUUUCACACAUAUGGCAAUGACGAUAGUGUUUGAUCUGCGCCUGAAUAAACCAUUGCAUCUGAAUCCAAACCUACUACCGAAACAGGGCGACGCCUCGGAUCGAGCACAUCAACUUACGGGCCGAGCGGAUGCACGUCCAACAUUAGAAGAGCGACGCGCAGUGCUAGGCUGUUUCGUUAUGAGCUCGACUGUUGCGACUUAUCUCACAAACAUCGACGCAAUGCAAUGGACCGAGUAUAUGGAGCAAUGCGUCCAGGUGCUGAAUGACAACAAGGAAGGGCCGCUUGAUGAUCUGUUCUUGGCUCAAGUUCGCUUCCAACAGCUUUCACAAAGUCUGCCACCUGCCGCAUGGUGUUACGAGGACCUUGCGAGACUAGAUUCAAAAGUGCCCGUGGCGUUCUACUUCAAAGCGCUUGAGUCGAACGUGCAGCGAACUAUGGCCGCCAUUCCUCCUCAAGCUCAGCAAGACGGAGUGGUUCUUGCAGCCAAGUACUACGCACAAUUGAGCAUCUGCGAAAUGGCUUUGUCGCAAUUAACCUCGACGCAUUUCAAUGUAGGGUUCCAGCCACUCGACGCUCUCUACUCUUGCCUCAACACAGUAAAGUUGGCUUUUGAUCAAUUCUUUCAGAUCCCAUUCUCCGAAUAUGUCGGCGUAUCAUUCCCCAUCUUCACGCAGUUUUCACGUUCAGUUGUUGUGUUGUACAAACUCAGCGUCCUAGAGCAUCCGAGCUGGGAUGUUGGACUGGUUCGCUCGACCGUUGAUCUAAAUCGCAUUCUGGACCGGCUGUUGAGUAACGUGGAGCAAGCUCGACAUGUCGGCUUUGACGAAACAGAUGAUAACAUUGCAACCAGGACGAUAAAGAUCUUCACGGCCGUUCGGCUGUGGUGCGGUUCAAAGCUAGGAGCAUCUGCAGGGUUGGGGCUAGAUCCAAAUAUGGACCCCGGUGGUGAGUAUGGAGCUUUUGAGGACUCGUCUGCUUUCGAGGCAUUGGACGACGUGUGGUUGAGAGAAAUACUUUCUUCGUGGUCUGAUUAA